AUGGUAAUUGUGACGCAACCAGAUAGCGCUUGUGCCCAAAUUGCCACAGAUGGCAAGAAAAUAGAUUUAGUUAAAUUUAAAUUAUUAUUAGAAGAAACUAGGCAGUUAUAUUUAAGUCUCUACAGCUGGUAUUACAUGCCGAGCAGCCUACAUAAAGUGUUAAUGCAUGGUUGUGAUAUAAUUGAUUUUUUUGACCUCCCCAUAGAACUUCUUUCUGAAGAAGCUUUGGAAGCUACUCAUAAAAAUAUUAGAAACAGUCGAUUAUAUCACACACGAAAAACAAAUAGGAUACAUACGAAUCUAGACCUUAUCAAAUACUUAUUACUUAAUUCCGAUCCGUCAGUAUCAAAGCAUCGUAAAACUGCUUCCAAACAAUUGCAUGCUAAUUUGACUGAUACUAAAGCAUUUAUGGUAGAUGAUGCAGCUCCUUCUUUUACACAAUCUGAUCUGAAUAUUUUUUUUUUGGAAGAUUUGGAAUUGCAUGAGUAG